AUGUCUCUAUAUAUGUAUAGGACACAUAACAGCGACGCAUCAAAAGUAUAAGCAACCAUGGCUAUGUACAGCAUUACAUUUACCUUGAAGCUAUACAGCUUCUUUGCUCUUUUGGCGAACAGCUGUAGAGAAGGUAUGGCGUUGCAAGCUGUUCGAUUGUCAUCUGGACAUGACAUGCCUCUUGUUGGUCUGGGCACAUGGCAGGCAAAAUCAGAUGAAAUGGAAGCUGUUAUAACAAGUGCACUUGAUAGCGGAUAUAGACAUAUAGAUACAGCUUUUAAUUAUAACAAUGAAGAAGCAAUAGGAAAGAGUUUAAAAAAAUGGUUUGGACAAGGGGGAAAGCGGGAAGACCUUUUCAUAACAACAAAAUUACCUAAUUUUGGCAAUAGACCAUCUGAUGUUGAGAAGUUUCUGAACUUAUCGUUACAAAGACUAGGGUUGGACUAUGUGGAUUUAUAUCUAGUUCACAUGCCAUUUGCAUUUGUUAAAGAUGAAAAUUCCUUUGCACCAGCCCAAGAUAAAGAUGGCAAUUUCAUACUAGAUCUUCAGUCUGAUCCUGUAGCAGUCUGGAAGGAAAUGGAGAAGCAAGUAAAAGCCGGCCGGGCAAAAUCAAUUGGACUGAGUAACUUUAAUAUUUCUCAAAUUCAAAAUAUUUUGAAUAAUUCAGAAAUAAAACCAAGUAAUUUGCAGGUGGAAUUACAUGCAUACAUGCAGCAACGAUCACUCAGAGAUUUCUGUCAGAAAAAUAAUAUUUCUAUAACUGGAUAUAGUCCAAUUGGUUCUCCUGGAGCAAAACAACAUUUUCAAACAAAGUACAAUUACAGUGCAGACAAGUUUCCAGAUCUAUUAGGACACUCUAUGGUUAAGAAGAUAGCUAGCGAUCACAACAAGACAACAGCACAAGUGCUGCUGCGCCAUGCGGUUCAAGGCGGAGUAAUUGUGAUACCAAAAAGCUCUAAUCCUGAGAGGAUCAAGUCAAAUAUUGAGAUUUUCGAUUUUGCACUAACAGACAGUGAAAUGGAUCGAUUAAAUGCCUUAGAUCAAGCUGAAGCUGGAAGAAUCUUCAACUUUUUAUUCUUCAAGGGAGUCGAAAGACAUCCACAGUAUCCAUUCAAAAGUGAACUUGAGCUCCGUUCGAAAAACACCGACAGUUUCAGGAAAGGUGCGGCUGAUAGAAUAGUCAUGAAGCGAAGUAGGAGUUCAUUUGUAUUACUGGCGACACUUUGUUGCGUCUCAAUUUCGUAUAGUCAAAAUGUGGAAGCCGGUACAGUUUACCGAUUGUCAUCCGGCCACAACUUUCCCAUCGUCGGAUUAGGGACUCAUGGUUUUAUACUAUCAUUGUUUCAGUUGAAUGAAGACGUUUUAGAAACUGUACUGACAGGAGCCCUGGAAAAAGGAAUCGGGCACAUCGAUACGAGCUUCGUGUACAAAAAUGAGGAAACAAUCGGCAAAGUCUUGAAGGAUUGGUUCGCCAAGGGCGGAAAACGCGAGGAUAUUUUUGUGACUUCAAAGUUGCCGUACUAUGACAACCAUCCAGAAUCCGUGGAAAAGUACAUCAAACUCUCAUUGGAAAAACUCGGGCUACAGUACUUGGACAUGUACUUGAUUCACGCUCCAUUCGCGGUACAUCACAAGGAGGACAGCUACGAGCUCGCCACCAACGAAGAUGGAUCUGUCGUAUUGGACACCCAGACUGACCCCAUUGCCGUCUGGAAAGAAAUGGAAAAACAAGUCAAAGAAGGCCGAACCAAGUCUAUCGGACUCAGCAAUUUCAACGAGACGCAGAUAACGAAUAUUCUUAAAGAAGCUAAAAUCAAGCCUAGCAAUUUGCAAGUGGAAGUACACGCCUACCAUCAGCAGAAGCCGUUGAUUGAGUUCUGCCAAAAGAACGGAAUAAUAGUGACGGGUUAUGCGCCAUUGGGUUCUCCUGGCGCUAGGAAGGAGCUUCAUCCGGGUCAAAUGGAAGAGGAGUUUCCGGACGUCUUCAAACUUCCGGUGGUCAACGAGAUCGCCAAGAAGCACGGAAAGUCUGUCGUGCAGAUUCUUCUGCAUCACUUAGUACAAAAAGGCAUCGCCGUUAUAUUCUCCAGCAAAAAUCCAAAUCAUCUGAAGGAGAACAUUGAGAUCUUCGACUUUGAGCUCACUGAAGAUGAGAUGAAGAGUUUGGAUGCUCUGGAUAAGGGCGAGAGAGGGAAGAUUUUCGACUACAAGUUUUUGAAAGGCAUUGAAAAGCAUCAAUAUUAUCCGUUUUCCAGUGCAUUAUGACGUGUCAAAUACAGAAGGCGAGUUUCCGCCGUCGACUUGAUGCAUUUUUUAUGAUCAACAUUUUCAGAACACAUUUUAAAAAAUCACAAAUUGUAUAUUGAAAUAUCUCGAAAAAAAUAAACUUCUUUUACAAUCAGUUAUGUA